AUGGUGCGAACAUCAAGUUUUGCUGGUAUGGCACAGGUUAUAGUGGGGCAACCUUUGGACACUAUCAAAGUCCGCCUACAAGUCGACCAAAGCCGGUUCAAGGGAGCUUGGGAUUGUGGUGUACAGACGGUAAAAAAUGAGGGCUUUUUCGCUUUAUACAAGGGGAUGGCCAGUCCGCUGGUCGGCAUAGGCGCUGUUAAUGCACUUUUGUUCGCAGCCAACUCCCGAAUUAAAAAGGCUAUGCAAACACACCCGGACGAUCCGCUAUCCAUCGGUCAAAUCGCCCUUGCUGGCGCCGGAGCAGGGAUUGUCAACAGUGUUCUCGCCUCGCCAGUGGAAUUACUCAAGAUUAAAAUGCAGGCUCAGUAUGGAAGCGCGUCCACUGGCCAGACAAGUUAUUACAAAGGUCCUAUCGACUGCGUCAAGCACUUGAUUCGGCAACAUGGCUUCGGAAAUGGGUUUUUGCUGUGGGGCAUGUCGGCCACGGUGGCACGUGAAAUUCCAGCAUAUGCCGGAUUCUAUGCCGGCUUCGAAACCAUGAGAAGGACCCUCACUCGCGAUCAACAGGAACCAGCUUCCGUUUGGCAACUUAUGGCUUCAGGUGCAACGGGCGGCAUAAGCUACUGGUUAGCAUGUUAUCCACUGGACGUCGUCAAAUCUGUGGCUCAAAACGAAGCAACGCCGCCUAAAGGCUUCUACAUCAUCCGUAUUCUUCUUCAAAUCUAUGCUCGGGACGGCGUUCAAGGCUUGUUCCGUGGUAUUACACCAAGUAUCGUUCGAAGUAUUCCAGCCGCAGCUGUAACUUUCACCACCUAUGAGUUAUCCAUGCGCGCAUUUGAAUCCGCAGGCUGGGUAUAG